UGAAAAUAGCUCUCCAGCUUCGAUUUUGGAUAAGAUUACUUUUGCUGUGAAAAUAUAUAUAAGUAUACCUCCAGUUCCAUUGAUCGUAUUGAUUUUCCUCAAGUGAAAGGAACUCUACAAUAAUUCAAAUUCCUGUGUCCACAACCCAUUUCUUCUUCCCAAUUGGUUCCACUUCUUAUUUGGUAAGUGAAUUAUAUAAUAUUCACUUCACCUUUUCUAUUCCACAGCUUCUUGGUCAUCAGUUCCAAAAUUUCGUACAGUACGUACUUGGGUUUCUUGAAACUCAAGAAUCUGGGCAGGUCUUCUUAGAUAGGUUCUUUCCAUGGAUACCUUUUUCGAUACAGUUUCUGGUCCUACGGAAAGAUUCAAAUUUGGCCAUGCCUUAACUUCAGUCACUUCCAAUCCAAAUCUUGACAACAGGUUUCAAAUAAAUCAGGAAUCCACCGAUACACUUUUCCAUCCCAGUGAUUCAGGUACGUCUUUGAGCCCGAAUUCCGAGGAAGAAACUUUUGAUAUAAAUUACUUCAAUAAUCCGAUGCUCAAGUACAUAAGCGAUAUUCUUCUGGAUGAAGAACUGGAAGGAAAGAACUGCAUGUUGCAGGACAGUUUGUCUCUCCAAGCUGCUGAAAAAUCUUUCUACGAUGUCCUUAAUCCGAAGGAUCCUCCUCCACCCAACCAACUCCCUCUGCCUGUGUACCAAAACUUUGAGCACUCGGAUGAUGAUUCCACUCAUAUGUUGCACCAAUCUUCUCUUGUUGAGUCUUUUUCAGAUACUCUUUUGGUUUCAGAUUCUCAUUUAAAGAAGCAAAGUCUUGGGAAUUUCGAACAGGCUGGGGAGGCAAACAAGUUACUUACAAAUGGGAAUUUUGGUUUCAUUGAUGAGGAGAGGUACCAAACAAAUGGACUAAAGGGAAAGAAGAAUCAUCAAAGAGAUGAUGAAAAUUAUCCAGAAGAUGGGAGAAGCAGCAAGCAGUCGGUUGUUUCUGCUGAUGACUCUGAGCCUCAAGAAAUGUUUGAUAAGGUGUUACUCUGUCAAGGUGAGCAUCAUCAGGAGUGGGAGUCUUGUACUCCUCAUUGCUCUAUGAAAAGGGAGGGAACAGAGCAGUUGCAGCAUAGCAGGCAGUCAAAAGGAUCUAAAACAAAUCGUUCAAAGCGACAAAAUAAAGAUGAGGAAGGAGUAGAUUUGACCACCAUGCUAAAUCAAUGUGCACAAGCAGUGGCAAGCUAUGAACAAGGAACGGCGAGUGAACUACUCAAGAAGAUAAGGCAGCACUCCUCCCCCCAUGGACAUGCAACUCAGAGAUUAGCUCACUACUUUGCCAAUGGCCUAGAGGCGCGCCUUACUGGUGUCGGAACCCCAUCAUUUUCACCUCUCUUUACUAGGCAGACAUCAGCCGCUGAAAUCCUACUAGCUUACGAGGUAUUUACUAAUUCAUGCCCUUUCAAGACGAUAUCACAAUUCCUUGCCAACAGAACAAUCAUGAAGCUAGCAAGAAAUGAAACAUGGCUUCACAUUAUUGAUUUUGGUAUUUCUUAUGGUUUCCAAUGGCCUUGCCUUAUCCAACAUCUCUCCAAUAGACCUAACGGACCACCUAAGUUGCAUAUCACAGCAAUAGAGUUUCCACAACCUGGUUUUCGACCUACAGAAAGGGUUGAAGAGACAGGACAUCGCCUAGCAAGGUAUUGUGCAAAGUUCAGUGUGCCGUUUGAGUACAAUGUCAUUGCUCAAAAAUGGGAAACUAUCCAAUGUGAGGAUCUUAAAAUUGACAGAAACGAGCUGGUAGUGGUCAAUUGUCUGCACCGAUUAAGGCACAUACAUGAUGAGACGGUGAUGGAGAACUCUCCGAGAGAUGCCGUCCUGAAGUUGAUCAAGAAUAUAAACCCCAACCUUUUCAUUCAUGGGAUUGUCAAUGGGACACACAAUACACCCUUCUUUGCUACACGGUUCAGAGAGGCACUCUUGCACUUCUAUGCCUUGUUUGAUAUACAUGAAGCAACCAUUCCUCGUGAAGAGAAACGUCGGAUGAUGUUGGAGAAAGAUUUACAUGGUAGAGACAUAAUGAAUAUCGUAGCAUGCGAGGGAGUGGAAAGAGUUGAAAGGCCUGAGACUUACAAGAAGUGGCAGAUCAGGAAUGUAAGGGCUGGGUUGAAGCAGCUCCCACUGGACCAGGAACUGUUGAAGAAAGCGAAGAAAUUGUCGAAGUUAAUGGGUUAUCAUAAUGAUUUUAGAGUUGAUGAAGAUGGGCAUUGGAUGCUGCAUGGAUGGAAAGGAAAGAUCAUCACGGCUCUUUCAUUUUGGAAACCUGCCUAGGUCCUAGGACCUUAAGUUUCCCAAUGUUAUGCUAAACUACUGCGUCAUGUAGUCCUAGAAUUUGUUUUUAAGGAUUUUG